UUUAAUAGCCAAACCGUCAACUUUCCGUCCAGUUGACCGUUAGUUGACUAUGACGUUGCAAAAUUUUAAGUGAGCUGGAUAAUUUUUUGCUGAUGUGGCAGAAUGUCAAAUAUUUGACCAUGUGACAUGGAUUACUAUUCUUUUUACAAUUUAAUUUUUAUGUUUAAAAAUAGAAAAACAAAAUAAAAAAUAAAGAUGAAGCUUAUCCAUUCAACUUUCUCUCUAUUCUAAUCCGUCCAUUCAACUUCCUCUCUCUAUAUACAAAUCCCUCUUCGGCGGUAAGGGGACUCUUCAUCGUUCGUUAGCCAAGCAAGUCACUCCACUUUCUAAAGUCCAAAUUUUUUGCCUCUCCCAAAUGGGGAUUCGUUCCUCAGGAUCGACUACAGAGGAAGCUUCAGGAACUUGGAUAAAAGACACCACACCAAGUUUUAAAAUGGAGUUCUAUGGCCGCCUCGGCAACCCAAAAUUAGGGAUUUGAUCCUGGGACGCAUCAUCUGAAAUUACCACCACAUCUUCACUUCUGAGACUCAAUCUCUUCCGGGACAAAAAUGGGAAUCUGAUUCUCCACUUUACAACAUCUACCAAGACAGAGAUCUGAAUCUUAUUAAUCUCUGAUGACGGCAGUAGUACGCGGCGGCGGCGGUCGCCUGAAUGGGACGGGGAAGAGAAUUUUUUUUUCUUGUAGUUGAAUAUGUUGCCGUCGUGGAUACGACUUACGAGUCAGAGAAAGAAGAAUAAGUGUUGCCAGAAUCAAGGUCGCAUUGUGGCGGGUCGAGACUAGAGAGGGCCAGAUCGGGGAAGGAUGCUGAACCAAUUGUCGGAUUCGAUUGAUGGGGUCGGCUCUUGCCAGUUGAGCGGCAAUCCGAGAGGAUUCGAGGAGGGAAGGGCGUUUGGUCUUUGCAGAGAAGAGGAAUCGACCAGAGCAGAAAGAACAGGGCUAGGCUUUGUGGUGUUUUGACGGACGAUUGGGGAAUCGACAAAUGGGGAAAUGGUCGGACUGGUUGUGAAGUUACUCGACAUCGGCGCAGGACGACUGGAAAAAGGGCUUGAUCGACGGAAAGGGGUUGAGAUGCGGAGAAGAAGGAUAGGUGUUCUGAAGUGAUUGAGAAAUUUCACAAUUUCAUUUACUUUUAGUAUUAUUUAUCUAAAUUUAAUUUAUUUGUAUGAUAACAAAAUUUAUUUUAUAAAAUUAUGUAAUAUUUAUGUGACAUAGCCAAACGUUUGACUUCCUGCCACAUCAGCAAAAAUCUUCCAACUCACUUAAAAUUUUGCCACGUCAUAGUCAACUGGACGGAAAGUUGAUGGUUUGGCUAUUAUUUUGUUUAAAACGAAAGGUUUGGCUAUUAAAUUGUAUUUACCCUUUCUUUUAUAAUUAUCCUUCAUAAUUACUUUGUUUUUUAUUAUUCUUUCCAAAGCUUUUCCGUUUUAUUUUGGUUAACUAUGAUUUUUUUUUUUAACUAUGAAUUAUUUUUUAAAAAUUGUAUUCUAGAAUAGAAAACGUUAGUCCCAUCUUUGUGAGUGGGUUGCAGAGUCUGUUUCGUACAUAUUGACUCAUAAUGGUCUACGUCAUCGUGGUUUGCCAGUGAUGGCCCUCUCCGUUGUGGAGCCUAUCAAUGUUACUCCACGGUGGAGUCUUCCUUUCUCAUUUCGUAUUGUUUGGCUGAUUAGGAUGUCCAAACGACAACUCCAAGAUCGGCCUUUUGGAUUGUCUUUUUGUUUUCUUGUUUUGCAGGUUACUUCUGACUGCUAAUGGAGCUUUAUGGCUUUCUAAGGAAAGGGUGCGGCUUCGGUAAGCAUUCCGAGUACACUACGCAUCCGGGCUUUUGGAUGGAGUCGUUUGGAGGGCCGAUGAAUGUCAUGUUUGGCAACUCUAGUGGCCGGUUGGAUGACUUGAUGAUGAAGCGUUUUGCUUGAGGUUAUAGGAGUAAGGAUUUUGGCAUAGUUUUCAAUAUUUACAGAUAUUCGGCCGUUUACGGCUAUGUGUUUGUUCAUUUUGCAGGUACAGCUGCUUAUAGGGCUGCGCAUUUUGUGGCAUAACAGGCCCUUUCAUCGACAGUUCGACUAUUUGUCGACUGCCGCACGGUGUUAUUUUAUGUUCUUUAACUCUAUUUUGGUAAGGAAUUUACCUGACUACUGUUUACGUUAAAAAAAAAACCCAUUAUUUUUUGAAACUACGUACAUAAAAUAAUAAAGGGUUAGGCAAAUUCGUGACAAAUAUAGCCCUCCACAGUUGAUUCUAACGAAAAUGUCAGCAUCAUCACCUUAAAGGUUAAUUCGGCGAGAGCGAGAAGUUAAUGGGUCAUAUGUGUUUAUGAUCACAUAAGUAGGAUGCACAUAUUUGAUAACAUUUUGAAUCAUAGCACAUAACAAAUUCGUCACAUUUAAGCAUAUCAUUGCAUGACACGACUUCAUUAUUAAACACCAAAAGUUGAGGGAGCCACAACGCAAAUACAGAAGUUAAAACAGAAAAGGAAGCAAACUAACUAACGUGCAAUUGUUGUCCCGUACUGAAACAAACCAACUAAGAAAGAAAGAAACAGAAACAGUGGCUGGGUCCAAUAAUAUAAAGUCAACAACAACCGCAAUUAAAAAUCGACCAAGAGAUAAAAACUGGAACGAAAUCCGAAAUUCCUUGUGAGCACGCCAUGGAGCCUUCAGUUGGAUUCCUCGCUCUCGCUCUCUACUUGUUGCCGAGAAACACAGUGGUAGGUAAUUACCUCACUCACGCCGACCUGGACGACUCUCUCCUCGACGCCGCCGAAGUCCGUGACGCCAAAUUCGGUGGUCAGAAACGAGAGUCCGGACAUGAUGGAAAAAUCGAAGUGCCGAACCGAGAGAUCGUCCUUCACCAGGAACCUCAGCUCUGGCUUCACGAAAUCGGCCUCGCGACACCACCCCACGCUGUCCAGGAACCUCACCUCCACGUCGUACGCGCAUUUCCGGGGAACAAGCCCGACGGAGUCUACGCCCGCGCAGCGAGGAUUGUGUGUCGGUUCGUUGCAGGAGUAGAUCGUCCUCUCCAGGCAGCGGUGCGGGUUAGCGGGGAGCAGCGGCACCUUCUUAACGUGGGUUUCGCCGCGGAGGCUGUUGAGGAGGUAGUGUUUGGUACUUUGCAUAUCCUGGAAGCAAGUUUGGUUCAUGCUCUCGAUGCUGGCGGUGAGUUAGCGGACGCAGCGGGCGGGGUGGAGUUGUUUCAGGAGGCGGAAGACGGAGCCGAUUGGGAUUGUGAGGAAGUUGAAGAGGAAGUCGACGAAGUCUUUUCCUGCCUCGGCGCACAGGACCUUGUUUUGCCUCUUGUCGAUGAUGAGCUUCACUCUGAAACUGUUGUGAUUGGCUGCCAUUUCUGCUCGCUGCGGCUGGCUGGCUGGCUUCCCUGUGCUUAUUUCAGUUUAUAUAGAAGAUUGUGUUUUUUGGAUGGGCAGGAGAUAUUCAGUUAUAUAGACGUACGAGAGAAGAGAACGUCGCACAACGGCCCAAGUUAAAGGGGGGCUUUCAGGCUCCCAAGGAUAUUUAGUUUAUGAACCUAGCUAACCUGCUGCCUUUUCCUCUGCUUUCUGCCUAGCGAUUUGCGUUUUCUCGAUCUCUUGCAAUUUCCUUUUGGGUGCUACUACGGCUCGCACAAAAGCUACAAUUAAUUGCACUGCCCGAGAGGAGAAAUUUACUCAAGGGAGGCUCUCUCGCAAAUGAACGUCCAUAUCUUGC